AUGUCUUCGUGGAAGAAGGCCGCUAAGGCUAACCAGAAGACUCAUAAGGAGCGUCAUCAGCCAGAAUCUAGAAAACAUUUGGGUUUACUUGAGAAGAAGAAAGAUUAUAAGAAACGAGCUGAUGAUUACCAUGAAAAGGGCGAAACUCUUAAACUUUUAAGAAAACGGACACUAGACAAAAAUCCUGAUGAGUUCUACUUUCAUAUGAUCAAUUCUAGAGUGAAAAAUGGGGAACAUCAUGAAAUUGAGAAAGAAGAUGAGCACAGCAAAGAGCAGGUGAAGUUGAUGCAGACUCAGGAUCUCAAGUACAUCAAUAUGAAGAGAACCAUUGAGAGCCGCAGGAUUAACAGGCUACAGGCUCAGCUCCACAUGUCAGAUGUAGCAGAAGUGACUCCAAACACACACACAUUCUUUGUAGAAGAAGGAGAAGAGAAGGAGUUUGACCUUGCAAAGAGACUGGACACACAUCCUGCUCUAUUGGGCAGGAAAUCGAAUAGGCCUCGGCUGUCUGACUUGGAUAAAAUUACUCUGCCGGAUAUUAGUGAUGAGGCCCUAGAAUCAAUGAAGAAGAAAAAACAGAAGAUUUACAGUGAGCUAUCAAAGAGGAUAGAGAGGGAGAAGGAGUUGACAGUAAUACAGCAGAAGAUGGAGUUGAAGCGUCAUCUACAGGAUGUUAAGAUUAUGAAACCGAGGAGGUUAAAACCUGGUACUAAGAGUACAGCCCCAGUGUAUCAGUUCCAGUAUAUGAGGAAGAAGUGA